AUGCCACCAUCAUCGAUGGGAGUAAUAUCAGAAUCUGCUGCUGCUCAACUUUUGGACUUUUCUCAGCGUCUCGAUAUUGGGUUGCUGGAUCGCGUUGUCAACUGUAUGUAUCAUGAAGCCGGAGCUCAACAAAAAAUAGCAGAAAAAGUAUUAAAUACACUCAAAGAGCAUCCAGAUGCGUGGAUGCGCGUGGAUUCAAUCUUAGAAUUUAGUUCAAAUCAAGAGACAAAAUACUUUGCUCUCCAGAUACUAGAAGCAUUAAUCAAAACACGUUGGAAGGUUCUUGCUCGUCCUCAGUGUGAAGGUAUUAAAAAGUAUAUUGUUGGUUUGAUUAUACAAACUUCAUCUAAUUCGGAGCUCUUGGAAUCUGAAAAAACUUACUUGGGCAAGCUGAAUAUGAUCCUGGUUGAGAUUUUUCGUUUAGCUGGUGUGCAGGUUGAUGAAUAUGAUACACAACUGAUUGAGUUGUUUGUUUCUACUACUGAAAAAUUAAAAGAGAUGUUACCCUUGGAAACACGAUUAAAAGAGGCCUAUGAUCGAGGGAGUAGUGAUGAACAAAACUUCAUUCAAAAUCUUGCAAUUUUUUACACCACUUUUCUUAAAGGACAUGGCAGCCUCGUCGAAAAACCUGAGCUUAUUUGGAAUCUACAAGAUGCUUAUGCUUAUCUUCUUAUGCUUUCUGAAGUUGAAGAAAGAGAAAUAUUCAAGAUAUGCUUAGAGUAUUGGAAUAUUUUAGUUUCCGACUUGUAUCGAGAGAGUCUUACAACACCCAUGGUCGGAACACUGGGAGAAUCAGCAACUGGAGAAGGUCGGAGCAAGCAAUACGCGCCAAUUUUAUCAAAGCUUCGAAGAAUUAUGAUUUCACGUAUGGCUCGUCCUGAGGAGGUACUUGUAGUUGAGAAUGAACACGGAGAGGUUGUCAGAGAGUUCAUGAAGGAUACGGAUAGUCUAAAUUUAUAUAAGAGUAUGCGUGAAACUUUGGUGUAUUUAACUCACUUGGAUCAUUCUGAUACAAAGAAAAUCAUGAUUGAAAAGUUACAACACCAAGUAGACGGUCGAGAGUGGUCUUGGCAUAACCUUAAUACUCUUUGCUGGGCAAUCGGCAGUAUCUCCGGUGCUAUGCAGGAAGAUGAUGAAAGAAGUUUCUUGGUUGUUGUUAUACGAGACCUAUUAGGGUUAUGUGAACAAAAACGCGGUAAAGAUAAUAAGGCUAUUGUGGCAAGUAAUAUUAUGUACGUGGUUGGUCAGUAUCCUCGAUUUUUGCGUGCACAUUGGCGAUUCCUCAAGACUGUGAUUACAAAGCUUUUUGAAUUUAUGCAUGAAACGCAUGAGGGUGUACAGGAUAUGGCUUGUGAUACAUUUAUCAAGAUUGCUCAAAAGUGUCGACGACAAUUGGUGACUAUACAAUACAGUGAAGCAGUGGAAUUCAUUGAGGAAAUUUUAAAAGAAAUCGAUAUAAUAAUCAACGAUUUACAACCACAACAAGUGCAUACAUUUUAUGAAGCUGUUGGAGUAAUAAUCAGUGCCCAAUCGGAUUCAGCUGUUCAAGCCAGACAAAUAGAACGACUCUUCCGAUUACCUAAUCAAAUCUGGGAUGGAAUUCUUGUACAAGCUGCAAGUAAUAUUGAACUGUUAAGAGAAUUUGAAGUUGUAAAGCAACUUUGUAAUUUGUUAAAAACAAAUCAUAGUGCUUGUAAAUCCCUUGGACAUCCCUACCUUGUUCAGCUUGGUCGUAUUUAUUUAGAUAUGUUAAAUGUCUAUAAGAUAAUGUCUCAGAAUAUCGGUCAAGCGGUAGCCACCAAUGGGGAACAAGUGACAAAGCAACCACUUAUUCGCAGUAUGAGAUCGGUUAAGAAAGCUAUACUGAAUCUAUUAUCCUGCUGGAUAAAGAGAUCUACAGAUCCUGUAUUUGUUGCUGAGAAUAUUGUGCCUCCAUUGUUGGAUGCUGUAGCCGAUGAUUAUCAAAAGAAUCUUCCUUUCGCUCGAGAAGCAGAAGUUCUAAAUCUGAUGGCUACUAUUGUUAAUCGUCUUGAAGAUCAUAUCCUGCCGGCACUUCCACGGAUUUUAGACGCUGUCUUUCAGUCCACCUUAGAGAUGAUUGAUAAAGACUUGGAAGAAUUCCCUGAACAUCGAACGAAUUUCUUUACUCUUCUUCAAGCUGUAAAUGCUCAUUGCUUCUCAGCUUUGUUAAGUCUAACUCCUGAUAAGUUCAAAUUAAUUUUGGAUAGUGUAAUAUGGGCGAUAAAACACACAAUGCGACAAGUCUCAGAAACAGGUUUGAAUAUCCUACAUACAAUGCUUGUAAAUAUGUCCAACGCUAAUACUGAACAAAGACAGGUAUUCUUUAAGACAUUCUUCAUGGACAUCCUGCAGCAUAUGUUUGCUGUUAUCACCGAUCGUUCUCAAACAGGAAAUUUAACUCUUCAGUCUUCACUACUAGCCUACAUGUUUAAAAUAGUAGAGAAUGAUAUCAUUACAGUACCUCUUGGCGAUUCUCCUGAAACAACGAUUGCACCAGGUUCAAAAGUCAAUGUACAAUAUGUGCAUCAAAGCCUAAGUCAAUUACUCAAACAAGUUUUCCCUCAUCUUCAGGAUACACAAAUUCGUGUAUUCAUUGAUGGAUUGUUUUCAUUUGAUCAAGAUGUUGCAGCGUUUCGAGAACAUGUACGUGAUUUUCUGGUUCAGAUACGAGAGGUUGCAGGAGAGGAUUUGUCUGAUUUGUAUUUAGAGGAAAGACUGGCUGAAAUUGCUCAGGCUCAGGCAGCGAAAUUAAAACGUCAAGCCUGUGUUCCUGGAAUUUUAGGUCCCCAUGAAGUUGAUAUGUGUGACUAG